CCUGGCCCCACACCAGAGCCAACCCCUCCUCCAACGCCACCACCCACCCCACCACCAACAGGAGAUCCAACACCACCACCAACUCCUCCCCCCACAGUUACACCUACACCACCUCCAACACCCAUCCCAACCACUUCGCCUACUACAGAAUUCUGCGAAUUUGAACUUGAAGCAACUUGUAUUGCUCCAGAUGGAUCCGAAAACUGUAAUGCAACACCUCCCCCUGUGGAACAAUGUGCUGGACGUCCUUUUGAGAUGGUGUUUUUGUUCAAUGGUGGUGACUGCAGCCAGAGUUUCAAUGUCCAAGAGGCAGCUGGAAAGUUCUUCUGCACUGAUGAAGGGGAAGUUCCAAUCGAGAGAGGGGAGAAGUCAUACAUUGUGGUCACAGAUCUUGACGGGGACAUCAUAUUCCACCAAGAUUGGGUGGAGGUUGGAAAACUUUUCACUCUCAGUGAUGGAGGUAACAAUUUCCCUGCUGACCAGCUCAUCACUAUCUAUGGCAGUGAAGACACAACUGAUCCUGCAAACAUUCAACAGUCCAUCCAAUAUCACAGCUCAUGUUCUCAAAACUUAUUCUUGAAGGAUAGAUUUGGAGCUGUACAACUUGUUAUUUGGGUCAAUGAAGACCAAGGUGUUGUUUCGUGCUUUGCAAAUCAGACCUUCAACCUGGACAUCACCAUCCCCCUUGAUAUUGAAGGAGGUCCUGCCACCUUGCAGAGUCUCACAGUUGCGUCAAAUGUGGAUCCAUUCUUUUUCAACCUGACAGACAAGGUGGCUGGAACUGUUGUGGGCGCUGGAGAGUCAAUUGUGGUUCCAAUCUCAAUCCCGAUUGACUUGACUCAAAAGCAGACAUACAACUUGCUGAUCACUGUCACAGCAGUGACACAACUCGGUCGUAUUUGCCGUGCCACUGAUUUGACAAGCUUCACUGCAGGAUAUCCACUGCCCCCAAUUUUCCCCACCUUUGCCCCUACCCAGGCUCCUACAAGCACUAAUCCUCCAACUCCAGAUCCCUUGACUUCUGCAUGUGACCUUGCUGCUGACAUUGAAUGUUUCACAGGCAGUGGACGAAGCUGCAGGUCUCUCACAGCACCAACCGAUAGUGUCUGUAACACAGCUGAUGAAGAAGCACAGUCCAUCACCUUUUUGGUGACGGGCAACAGUUGUGGGACCACCGAAAACUGUGAGGAAACCUUUGCUGGUCAGGAUCUCCAGGAAUCUGAAUUCUUCAUUAAUGCGGAAAGCAGAGAUGCGACAGCAUUUCAGGGAGUUGUUGCCAAUGGUGGCACAUUCCGUGUGAUGAAUGGACUGGAGGAUGGUCGGCUCGAGAUCAGCAUCUCCACCGCAGUCAAUGGAGCACCAGGGCUGCAACUACAGGUUUUGGACCGUGUUGAUGUCACCUGUGCAGGAAAUGUGGGAGAAGAUAUCACUCUUUUGCAGAAUUUCGGAGCAUUACAGGUGGUGAGCUACGAGAGCCCUGAUCAAGGCCUUCAGAGUAUCUACGACCAAAUCACAAUCACUUACGUCGUCAAGAACGACGGUGUUCUCUCUGCAACUGCGCAAUCAGCGGUGAAGACCAGCGCAUUCGAAGCAACGGAGGAUCUUCUUGCCAGUGGUGCACAAGUGAUGGCCCCCAACACUCAGUUGAGCUUUCCAAGCUCGAGUGUUGAAAUUAACCUGGCCGAGAACUCAGGGAGCGAGUUUGCUUUCUCUCUUGAUGUGAGCGGCGUCGGCACUACGAGCGGAACUGCAUGCUCCGACUCGGCUGCUUUGGCUAUUCGGAUAUCAUAAAUGCUUCGAAAACGAAGAAAAGCUCUGUGUCGUCGUGGAUAGCGACUUGCGUGUACCUAGAAACUAUGAAGAUGAGGCACUGCUCGACCUCAAACGAAUCAGAAUCGCACUGCAUAAUAUACUUUUAACAAUAAUAAUAUUAGGUCAAGUUAUGGCAUUCUGGU